AUGGGGGGCUUGGAUGGUGAGCAAAAACAAUUGAUCAAGAAGUUGGUCAACUUUCGCAUGAAAGAAGGUAAAAGAACGAGAGUUCGUGCUAUUGUUUAUCAAACUUUUCAUCGCCCAGCUCAAACUGAACGCGAUGUAAUCAAACUUAUGGUUGACGCCGUAGAGAAUAUAAAGCCCAUAUGCGAAGUGGAAAAAGUAGGAGUAGCAGGUACUAUUUAUGAUGUCCCUGGGAUUGUAGCCAGGGAUCGUCAACAAACCUUAGCUAUUCGUUGGAUCCUUGAAGCUGCUUUCAAACGACGUAUAAGCUACAGGAUAAGCUUAGAGAAAUGUUCAUUUGCUGAGAUACUGGAUGCUUACCGAAAGAGGGGAAUUGCACGUAAGAAAAGGGAGAAUCUUCAUAGACUGGCUUCCACCAAUCGAAGUUUCGCGCAUUUCAGAUGGUGGUAA